AAGAGCUUCUUGUGCUCGUGGGACGACUGCGACCGCUCAUUUGCGCGCAAAUCGGACCUGGUGCGCCACUUCCGCAUCCACACGGGCGUCAAGCCCUUUGAGUGCCCGUGGGACGACUGCGACAAGCGCUUCAUCCAGCGCUCGGCGCUCAAGGUGCACUUCCGCACCCACUCGGGCGAGCGCCCGCACACCUGCGAGGCCUGCGACCGCAGCUUCAGCGACUCGUCGUCGCUCGCCCGCCACCGUCGCACUCACACCGGCGUGCGGCCAUACGGUUGCGACCACCCCGGCUGCGCCAAGCGCUUCACGCGCAAGACCAGCCUGCGCAAACACUCGCUCACGCAC